AUGUCUUCCGGACCUAAGUACAUGCGAUAUCUACUAUUCGCGGCUGUAGGCUUAGCGAUAGUUUUUUUCGUCUCGCGGAGCGCAAUUCCUAUUCCUGAGAAUAUCAGAUCGAAGUUGAAUCCAACCAACUACAAGGAUACCGUAACCUCUCAACCACCGUCACAUAAUGAUGCCGCACCCCCGAACCCGCCAGUCAAGGAUAUUCCGGCGGCCUCGAGUGCUCCUACGGCCGGUCGUGUGAACGCGACGUUUGUUACUCUGGCGCGUAACUCUGACGUCUGGGAUAUCGCAAAAUCGAUUCGCACGGUUGAGGAUCGCUUCAACCGCAACUACCAUUACGAUUGGGUCUUUCUCAAUGAUAAGCCAUUCGACAAGACGUUCAAGAAGGUCACUACGUCACUAGCCUCAGGCAAUACACACUACGGCGUUAUCCCGACGGAACACUGGUCGUACCCGGAAUGGAUCGAUCAGGAGAAGGCCAAGAAGGUGCGCGAGGAGAUGGGACAGAAGAAGAUCAUCUACGGUGACUCGGAGAGCUAUCGCCACAUGUGCCGCUAUGAAUCCGGUUUCUUCUUCCGCCAUCCACUGAUGCUGAAUUAUGAGUACUACUGGCGUGUCGAGCCGAGCAUUGAGCUUUUCUGUGAUAUCAGCUUCGAUCCAUUCCGCUUCAUGAAGGAAAAGAACAAGAAGUAUAGCUUUGUCCUGAGUCUGUACGAGUACUUCGACACUAUUCCUACCUUGUGGGACAGCGCGAAGAAGUUCAUGGGCAAUCACCCCGAGCAUAUUGCGGAGGGAAACGCCAUGGACUUUUUGAGCGACGAUGGCGGCAAAACUUACAACAAGUGUCACUUUUGGUCCAAUUUCGAGGUUGGAAGCUUGGAGUGGCUCCGGUCGAAGCAGUACAUCGACUACUUUGAGUCCCUUGACCGCGACGGCGGUUUCUUCUAUGAGCGCUGGGGAGACGCUCCAGUUCACUCCAUUGCGGCCGGUGUCAUGCUCAAGAAGGAGGAAAUUCACUUCUUCGAUGAGAUUGCCUACUAUCACAUCCCCUUCACGCACUGCCCGACUACUGAGCAGAAAAGGCUGGACCUGAAAUGCCACUGCAACCCGGAGGAGAACUUCGAUUGGAAGGGAUACUCAUGUACAUCCCGGUGGUUCCAGGUUAAUGGCAUGGAGAAGCCAGAGGGCGCCGAAAACCAGAGUUGA